AUGCCACCAAAGGAAGACUGGGAGAAGUACAAGGCUCCUAUUGAAGACGAGGAAUCGAAGGAGGAAAAGAAGGUUGUGCCACUUUCCGAAGGGGACAUUGAAGUGUUGAAGACUUACGGAGCAGCACCAUACGCUAAGAAGCUUAAAUCUAUCGAGAAUGACUUGAAGGAAAUUGAGAAGAAGAUUAAGGAGAAAGCUGGUGUGAAAGAGAGUGAUACAGGGUUAGCACCAUCACAUUUAUGGGAUAUUGUUGGUGAUAGACAAAGGUUAAGUGAGGAACAACCACUACAGGUGGCUAGAUGCACCAAGAUUAUCAAGGCAGAAAAGCCCCAGAGAAGUGGGAACGCACUAGGAGGAGAUGCUGAUGGAAAUGGAGUUGCAGCAGCAGCAGCAGCAGCAGCCGCAGCAGCGGCCGCUGCUUCUGGCACAGAGGAUGAAGACGAUGACGAUGCUAAGUAUGUGAUCAACUUGAAGCAAAUAGCGAAGUUCGUUGUCGGACUAGGAGAGCGUGUUUCUCCAACGGAUAUUGAAGAAGGUAUGCGUGUUGGUGUGGACAGAUCCAAGUACCAAAUCGAAUUACCAUUGCCUCCAAGAAUUGAUCCAAGUGUUACUAUGAUGACAGUGGAAGAAAAACCAGACGUUACAUAUUCAGAUGUUGGUGGUUGUAAGGAACAGAUAGAAAAACUGAGAGAAGUGGUGGAACUACCUCUUUUAUCACCAGAAAGAUUUGCUACCCUUGGUAUCGAUCCUCCAAAGGGUAUUUUAUUAUAUGGCCCACCGGGUACAGGUAAGACUCUUUGCGCUCGUGCUGUUGCUAACAGAACAGAUGCAACGUUCAUUAGAGUCAUUGGUUCAGAGUUGGUUCAGAAAUAUGUGGGUGAAGGUGCUCGUAUGGUGCGAGAAUUGUUUGAAAUGGCUCGUACUAAGAAAGCAUGUAUCAUCUUCUUCGAUGAAGUGGAUGCUAUUGGUGGAGCCCGUUUCGAUGAUGGUGCCGGUGGUGACAACGAAGUGCAAAGAACGAUGUUGGAAUUAAUCACCCAAUUAGACGGGUUCGAUCCUCGUGGUAAUAUCAAAGUCAUGUUUGCAACUAACAGACCAAAUACAUUAGAUCCGGCUUUGCUAAGGCCCGGUAGAAUAGAUCGUAAGGUAGAAUUUUCAUUACCUGAUCUAGAGGGUAGAGCCAACAUUUUCCGUAUCCAUACAAAAUCUAUGAGCGUUGAGCGUGGUAUCAGAUGGGAGUUAAUUUCAAGAUUAUGUCCAAACUCUACUGGUGCAGAAUUAAGAUCCGUUUGUACUGAAGCCGGUAUGUUUGCUAUUAGAGCUAGAAGAAAAGUCACUACGGAAAAAGAUUUCUUAAAAGCUGUCGAAAAGGUUAUCAAUGGUUACAAGAAAUUCUCUUCCACUUCACGUUACAUGCAAUAUAACUGA